GGUCGUCUCUCAUAAUAGAAGUUCUAGAGAGCGAGCUCACAGAUAGAUUCUUUGAGAAAUGGGUAAUCACAGGUUCAGAUUUUCUGAUAUGAUACCAAAUGCUUGGUUUUACAAGCUCAAAGACAUGAGCAGAUCAAGAAAGAAGAAGAACAAGGCAGGUUCAGUGGCAACAUCUCAGAGAUUGCAGCCAAGGUGUUCGAAUUAUUUCCCCAGUGAAAUUAGUAGAACUGGUAAGUUAUACAAUUCACCCAUUUUCAGUACAAGAGCUUCUGAGCUUGCUUUCAUUGAUUCACCAAGAAGGUCUUCCAAGAGAAGAGCUCGGAGAAGAACAGUUUAUUACAAGCCUUCUUCUCCCACACUUGCUUCUUCCCCUGUGUCUGCAACUUCUAUCGAUCAUUCCACAAAUAAAAAUAAUUGGGCUCACCCCAGUCAAGCUAAGUCUCCUGAUUACUAUAUCUCCUCCGUUGAGAUUUCUUCUGAGUCAGACCUCAAUGGUGAUCUUGUUUCAUCUGAAUCUGAAUGUGAUGAUGAUAGUUUUGCUGCUUCUGCUCCUCCUCAUCCUGGCAUGUUCAACGGACUACCCUCAAAUUGCAGCUGUAGAGUAAGUUCUUCAACAAAUGACAUCAUCAUCGACAUGAACAAUGAAGAUUCUGAGAAGCUAGAUCGGUUUAAAACAAUUUCAGAGUUGGAUCUUCCUCCAAUAUUAACAAAGCCGUUAAAGUUUGAAGAUGAUGAUGAUGAUGAGAAGGUCAUUAAGGCCACUGAAUUGAGAAGUUCAUCCAAGUCAGACAAGCCUAAAGGUCAUCACCAGUCACAAUCUGUCAACAAUGGCAAGAAAGAGAGCAUUAGAACUCAAAGAGAUCGAAGAUCAAGCCAUAGUAAUGCUCGAAAGUCUUCUGUUAAUUCAUCUACAGGAAUCAGACUCAGAGUGAAUUCUCCAAAGCUAGCAAGCAGAAAGACCGUUCAAGCUGCUUCUGCAAGAAGGGGUGUGUCAAGCAACAAUAAAGCCUCUUCAUGGAAAAAUGCAGGAUUUCCUGAGGGUUUUGCAGUUGUGAAGUCGUCAUUUGAUCCACAGAGAGACUUCAGAGAUUCAAUGUUGGAGAUGAUUAUGGAGAACAACAUCAGGGCAUCAAAGGAUUUAGAAGAUUUACUUGCAUGCUAUCUUUCACUGAACUCCAGUGAAUACCACGAGCUCAUUGUCAAAGCAUUUGAACAAACCUGGCUUGACAUGGCUCAACUCAAAUUGGGGGAAAUUAAAACAGUGUCAUGCCAAAAGCUAAGGGCUGGUACUAUUCAGAAUUGAAGAUCAAUUGUCUGAGUUCUAAGUUGGAACCAAGCAUGACAGAUACUACAGAAGACUAUUAACACAUCUUGCGCAGUAUAAAACUGUAGAAGUUGCAGUGGAAACAGGUUAUAGCUGCAACAGUAGCAAGUGACCUGGAGAAAUAUUCUGAAGCAUUUCUUGGGAAGCCAAAUGCGGACUAUUGUGCCUGGAUCAUUGACUCUGAGAACUGGGGAGUAUCAACACAUUCUCUCACAUGGUUGAAGUAAAAGAAAUCUUUACUGUUUGCGAUCCUUCAUACAGAGAUUUUUUGAAGAUGCCAAAAGAGACAACCUAGCUGAACUUAAAUUUGCUCUUCCUAGGAAGGAAAGACAGAAUUCAGUUUACAUCAUCAGAAAGAUUUUGUCGGCUGAUUAAGGCAUCAACUCACGUCUUAUGAAAUGUAUUUUUAAUAAUUACAAACCAAGUUUGAUUCUUUAGUUUGCAAAGUUUUGAUUCGGUAAUUAAAUAAACUCUAAUUGAUUUAUGUCUGAUGGCAAUAUUGGUAGGACGACGUUCUAUUUGUCAUUCACUCAGAUUUCAACUAAGCUUUGAGUUUUCAUGGUUGAGUUCAUAAUUCUAGGCUGUUCAAAUC